CUUAAACGGAAGUGACGUCUCAGCGCUUGUGCUGUACUCGGAAGUGAACAAGAAUGAAGAGAGAAGGACAGUGAAAGCAGCUAAAGAUAGGUGAGAAGACAGACUGAGCUGCUUCAAACUCAUCUUACACCCGAGAGAAACUGUCCUGUCUGGACUCUGUUCUUUCAGAGUAGUAAAGCAGCAACGCUCGCUGUGGGAGCUCUUCUGUUAGCAUGCCUGCUAAAGCAAAACAGCAUCGUAAAGCAAGAGAUUAAACAAAUAUAAAGAGUAUUAAACAGUAACAUUUACAGCAACGAGCGCCGUCUGUAAAACCUCAGUGAGCAGCAUUUGAAGAGUCGAUGCUCAUGCACUUUAUCAGGACUGAGUGUUCAGGGUUCAGAAUGCCGCCGUGAUUUGGAAAUAUCUCUUAUCGUCUGCCAUGCUGGACUCUCUGAAGACCCCAAAUUGUGUUUCUUUUGUAAAUAUGAGAUUUUUGUUAAAUACAGUGCAUGCAUGUCUAAGUUUGCUGCCACCCUGAAGCUCAAGAUGGAUCUCCUCAUGACUCUUUUAAGCAUGAGGGAGUGACCCUUUGGAUAUUUGAGCAAUAUGGAAGAAGACAUGGCUGUAGAAUGGGACACAGUGGAGCCGCCCAUUGUUUCUCUGACCGGUCCGUCUUAUGGAAACGACAGCCAUGUGUUAUCAACGCAAGCACCCGACUGUGAACAUGAGGCGCUUGAUGAUUUUGAUUGUGAAUUCCCUGAUGAAGACUUUGAUUUGGAAGUAGACGAGAAGGAAGAGCAGAAUGCCAAAACUGAAGAUCUGAAUGAUGAUCAGCUGCAAGAUGGGAUUUCAGAGAAGGACGAGGAGAAGCGUGAAAGAGGAGGAAAAAUGGAAUUGGACGGUGAGUUUAGAGGCAGUGGGGAGUCUAGAUCCCGCAAUGCUGGAACGGGAAGGAAAGGAAAGUCCAAAAAGAGUGGAUCAGGACAGGGGCCUUGCGAUCAAACACCAUCGUGGACGUCUCCAUCUUCCAUGUCUCAUAAAUCCUUCCUUGCGUCUUCUGGUCCCAGCAGACACAAGCAAGUGAAGCGACGAAACCACCAUCUGCACAAUCACAGUCGCGUACGAAGGAAAAUGGGGAUCCAGCUGUUAGUGUUGUGUCGGGAUUUCCUGGCAGAUGUGGUCAGCCCCUGGUGCAUGUCCUGCGUCCAUAUGUUGGUGGAGCUCAUCAUCUCUCUGACCCACCGCUGUGGGGUUGCUGUUGAAUCAUCUGCACUUGCACUAUACCACUUUGGAGCACACAUGCUUUCCAAAGUGACAGAUAUUCCAGGCAUGACGCAAGAUUUGAGGCGAAUCCUGGACUGGAGCAGGUGUUCAAGUGUAGCUGUAAUAGAAAGCAUCGGCAGGUCUGCUCGUUGGGCUCGACGUGCUCUACUCUCUUGUUGGAUAUUAGUUUGUGCUGCACUAAGCGCUGGCUCUCAGACGUUGAGGUGUAUUGUGGGAAGGCUGGCUGGAGAGAGAGGCAGGAAAUGGUGGCUUGCCCUUCAGAGCAGCAGGGUUUGGAGGAAAGUGUCAGACCUGACCACAAGGAUUCAUGAGCGUUUCUUUAAAAAAGGCGUCAUGAGUGAAAACUCGAAUCCAGAGUCUCCCAACAGAGGGACAGACAAGUGGCAACCAGGUGAAGAGCUGCAGAGACUGCUGGCUCUAGCAAAGAUCCCUGAAGAGGAGUUGGACCCAUUUAAUGUUCUUGGAGUGGAUAUUCAUGCCACUGAAUCGGAGCUCAAGAGAGCUUAUAGACAGCUGGCAGUGCAGGUCCAUCCAGACAAAAACAAGCACCCAGGUGCUGGCGAGGCCUUCAAGGUGUUAAGAGCAGCAUGGGACAUCGUCAGUAACCCAGAGACUCGGCGAGAGUAUGAAUUGAAGCGUAUGGCAGCUACAGAGCUUUCUAAGUCCAUGAAUGAGUUUCUGACCAAACUGCAGGAUGACCUGAAAGAAGCCAUGAACACAAUGAUGUGCACUAAAUGUGAGGGCAAGCACAAGCGCUUCGAGAUGGACCGCGAGCCCGGUGAGGCCCGAUUCUGUGCUGAAUGUAAUAAGUGGCACAGCGCCGAGGAGGGAGACCUGUGGGCUGAAUCCAGUAUGCUGGGACUGCGCAUCACAUACUUCGCCUUCAUGGAUGGCAAAGUCUUUGACAUCACUGAGUGGGCAGGCUGUCAGCGUAUAAGCAUCUCUCCAGACACACAUCGUGUGCCAUAUCACAUCUCUUUUGGCUCUAAAGGUAGCAGUGGAACCAGCCGCCACAGACCCCCCCCAGAUCACGCAGCAGGUGGAGGCUCACCUGCAGACCUGCAGGACUUCUUCAACCGCUUCUUCCAGGGUGGAGCUCCCAGUGACAUGUCUGCUAAUGGAGGAUUCUUCCCAACAGGAAACCCGCCGCCUCAUUCCUCCGGAGCAGCUGCAGGGACUUCAACAACGUUUUCGGGAUCUUCUCCACACACAGGGUUCUUCAGCCCAGGGGCCCAACGGGGUGAACCCAGCGAACAAUGGACUGACGGAGGAAAGCCCCCACGCCGGCGCAAGAAAGUUCGCAAGCCAUUCCAGCGCUGAGGAAUGCAAUGUUGUGUAGAGAUGGAUUGUUGUCUGUUGCCGUGUUUUGACCUGAUACUUGGCCAUCUAAACCAGGACAAAGUCUGUUGACCUCUGUUGAGCAUUGUGUUCAACAUCAGUGUUGGUGCUUUGAAGCUUCCUGAUACAGAAUGACAAGGCAACAUUACAUUUCAUAGAGGGGCAAGCAAAGAUGGAUGCAGGAAGAUCAAGUUUGAAGUCCUUUUUUGUUUUUAUCUCUUUUAUUUUAUUUUUUUUACACAAAUUAACCUACAUUCAAGCAUUUGAAAUCCCGUUCUUUCCAGAAACAGAAGGACUCAUGAAUCAUGAGUAGAUUUUCUGGUGUAUCUGAAGAACAGUUGACCCAACUUUAAAAAUUGUCACUAUUUACUCACCCACAGGUUGUUCCAAAUUUAUGCCUUUUAUAUUUGCUUAUUGCAGCUUUUUUUUUUUUUUUUUUUUUUUAUUACAACAGACCCAGAUUUAGCAAUUCACUGAUUAUGUUCUUCUCCAGCUUGGCUGUUAAAUUUGGCUGAGGUUUCAGUGGAGAUAGCAUGAGCAGUGGAUAAAACUUUUUUUUUUGAUUGACAGAUGUGGUAAUUAUGAACCGCAUGAGCUUCUUAAAUUUCACCACAAGAGAAAAUGGGCAGGGUUUGAGACUACAUGAGGGUAAUAAUGGCAUUUUUAUUUUUGGGUGAUGUUUCUGGUUUUAUCAGGCUUGAAAAGGUGAAUCUGAUGGAAAAUCUUCACAAUGUGGCUGAAUGUUUUGUAACACAUAAUGAUUAAUGUAUAAGGCCACACAGACCUCAGGGAUGACUCUUUCUUCAUCUGCUAAUAGUAAGAGAACCGGUAAAGGACAUAGCUGAAAUUUCCCAAUGUUGCUGGGACUAUCGUAGAGCUCAUGCAAUCCAGAGAAAGCAUUUUACCAGUUACUCAAGCAGUUCAUUAUUUCUUUUGUUGUUAAAAUCACUUUUUUUUAGGAGAGAAUUACUUCAGAUAUGUACAAACAUUUAAUUGUACAAAAAAUACUCAAAAUGGCUUAAUAUUCCCCAAACUGAUCUGAAUGGAGCUUCAGAAGAUUUUCACAUCUAAUGCUCUACCUGCUCACUGGAGCUCGAUUGAUUUGGUUUACGUCUUUAUUCAUGUAGUGCAUCUCUAGAGCUCGAAGAGGCUUCAGUGUGCAUUGUAUUUUAGAGUGAGGGAAAGAAAUUAAAAAAAAUAAUUUUGAGUUAAAGCACAAAUGUAAUUGUUUAUUAGAUGCAGAGAUUUGCAUAGAAGUCUAUAAAUGGGGUUUGAUGUGAAAAUCAAAAGGAAGUCCUCUUGUCACUUCUGACAACUUUUUUUUAACACUCAGGAAUCAUUUUAAAAGACCGUUGCUUCAUUCAUCCACUGGAGCCAUUAUUCCAGGCCAACAGAUUCAUUAGUGUCCAAAAACUGAUGUUUUUGGCUCAUGACAUCAUUGUAGACACAGUAUACUCGAAGACACGAGACUGUUUUCCCUCUGUACAGCCAGACAUCAUAAAACCGUGCUAAUACAUGCGUGUUCAGACUCAUGUGUUGUCAAGUUCUCAGAGAUGCUUUCCGGAACUUUCUGUUCAGUUUGACUUAAAUCUCCUGAUAAAUAAAAAAAACGCUUGAUUCACAACAGAAAUUCAAGAACGAAAACAUUUAAAGAGACUCCAGAAAUAAAAUCCAAUUGUUGUUUUGCUGUUUGUCAGUGAUCUUUCAGCCUGUGACUCUAAAUUUAGUGGUUUCAGAUGGAAGAAGCAUAAAUAUAAAGGGUUUAACGGUUUAAAACUGUGCAUGAUAAAAUAGCAGCACGUUUAACUCUGAAAAUGUUAUCAAAGGCUAAAAAUGACUGGCCAUGCUGUAUCUAUAGUUGACCCCAGCUGGUUCUUUCCAUUACUUCACUGUAACUGAAUCUUUAGGAUAAACUCAAGUUUUGUAAAUGUUUAACUUCAGUCCCAUUGUCAGACUAUUCUAAAGUUGUUUUUCUUUACAGCAGAAGCAGUCUGUUGUCAAUGGCAAGUGUUAUUUAAUUGCUGUUCACAGCUGAUAAUUGAAGUGGUAUAAUAGAAAUAAAGCAGACAGUUUAUUAUUGCACUAAACUUCCUCCUGUUGUUAAGGUGUUACUGACCUUUUGAACAAAAUAAUGCAUCACUUUAAAUCAACUGGCGUCAAAGCAUCAACAAAAAUGAGUAGCUCAUGAGUUGCUUUUAUUGUUUAACGAAUGCAUUUGUAAAUUUCAUUAUAUAUGUGACAAUAUUCCACUCGCUAUUUCAAGAAAACGUGAUGGGUCUUGUGUUCAUUAAAUUCACUGUACUUGAGAGUUUUACCAGUCUGGUCGAGGUGCUGCAUCGACACAAAUGUAUUCGGGGUUACAUGAAGGUUUAUUUCAGACAGAUGUGUUGUAGAGAGUGAUCUAAAAGUGUUCUAGAUCACUCUAGAUUCAGACAAUCAUUAUAAUGGUGAUAAUGUGCAGGACACUUUUUCCAUGAUUUAUGUUGUUGCCUCUCACCCCAACACUCCUAUAUUAAAGCUGAUUUCUUCAAA